AUCAGUUGAAAAUAGGAAUAUCUGCAUUCUGGCUAAUCAACCUUUGUAAUAGAUAAAACUGACAAGAGUUUGUAGUGGAAGAACAAUUCCGAUGACAUAGUCAUCAGGUAGUCACAUGGAGUCAGCACCAUACAUGCUAUUGAUAUAUAAUUAUCAUACCCACUUCUAUUUUUAGGAAGUUUAUACUGCGCAGCAGUGUGCUUUUACCUUUGAUUGUAAUCAAAAAGUAAUACGAGGCUUUUGGAUCAAUGUGUACUAAAUAUAUAUAAGCGGAAUGAAAAAAAUCCCUCUUUCGAUGAAAUUAUGGAUACUUAACGCUGCCAAGUUCAAAGGUAGGUGGGAAUACCCAGUUCUAUUAAUAGAAAGUUCCUACUUCAAUUCACAGUAGUGUGCUUUUACAAUUGCAGCACUACGAAUGAUUUGUAUCGAAAUGCACUGUUGGCUUCGUUGUAAUGUGAUAGUUCUUGUGGUUGGAUUUAAUUAGAUCUCUUUAUUUAGCGAUGGCUGAGAAGUGUGGAUCAGAGAAAGCAUCAAGCUCUUCACCGAACCUGAUAUGUCCAUUAUGUCUUGAUAUAUUUGUCGAGGCGACAAUCUUAACUUCAUGUGGACACACAUUUUGUAGGCGAUGCCUCAAGAAAUACGAUCUAACCCACCAGGACCUUGAUCACAUGGUCUGUCCUCUCUGCAGGGAGAUCACCAAGUUGUCCGCCAACCGUGUCGAUGAUCUCCGCCUCAAUGUCUCCAUCAACGGAUGCGUAGACGAUCACCACGCCAAGUGUGGAGGGAUGAACGCUGUCCUCGAGAUGCGACCAAAAUGUUCUGGUUGCAAGCUUCAAGGAGAUGCUGUCUCAUUCUGCAGAACCUGUAAUAACUACAUAUGUGAUAAAUGUUUGCAAUGUCAUCAAUAUCUGUCAGUCUUUGAAGAUCAUGAGAUUGUCUCCAUUGAUGAUGUCAUCGAAGGGAAGGUCAGCAUUGGUCAUUUAUUCGAGAAGUGUUCCAUCCACAAACCAGAGAACAAGGACAUGUUUUGUGAGGUUUGUAAGGUCCAUGUCUGUCACAAGUGCGUACUCGUUGAUCAUCAAAAUCACAAAGUCAAGAACCAGGUUAACUUUGAGCAGGAGUUGCGACAGAAGGUGACAGACCUUGCUCAGCGAUGUGCUGACAAGAAAGCAGAGCUGGAAAAGAACAUUCAGAACAUAGAAAUACAACGUCAUGAGGUACACACUGCAGUGCAGACACUACUAGAUGAUGUCAGGCAAGCCUACAGUAUCAAGGCCAAGGAGCUGGAAGAAAAUCUUCGAAAUCUCACCGACCAAAUACAUGCCUUACAGCAUAGUUUUGAUGACGACCUCAAUGUCUUGAAGUCAAAAGAUCGCCAGAGGAUCAAGAGUAUUUGUAGUUCAAUUACUUUGGUAGAUAAUGACAGACUGCGUCAUCUUGAGACAGACACUCUAUCUGCUCAUAUCUUGCUCUGUGAAGAGCUGGAUGCUAUGCUGAAGGAGGUUACUGAUCACACUUCUGCGGAAGCUAUUACGAAGAAAGCACAGGAGAAGAGGUUCAAACCAGCAGAUGAUACUCGUCUUGACCUCGGGAGCAUCUCAGGAUCAGAUCCCAAGAUGGAAGUCAUUCAGUGUGUUGAUCUACGGGGAGGGAUGUGCGGUAUGGCACGGUACUCGCAAAGCAGUGUCGCUAUCGGGUAUGGGUGGAAUGCACAAGGUAUUGAUAUCAUUGAUUCAAAUGGUGGAAAGCAGCGAUAUAGUAACAUAUCAGCUUUAAAUGACAUCAAUUGUUAUGAUCUGGUUUUGCAACGGGACGGGGCGUUUUGCGUGUCGACUGGUAAUACAGAAGCCCACAUCUACUCUCGCCUUGGCUGUAGGAAAGCAACAAUCCACGUGAGAAACAAUAUAAAUUCUACAAACGUUAACAAAAGUCCAUCUGAUGAAAUCAUUAUUACUAACUAUGGAAAACAAGUCUAUAUCUAUGACCCGACAGGAUCCACUCUGAAACACACUGUUCAAACAAAGCACGAUACGGAGCAGGCAUCUAUCACCAGGACGGGUUUGAUCGUCACGAGUUUAUGUUGUGCCGAUCCACGCGUGGUGACGGUCUAUGACAGGGAUGGGAAUGCUGGUGAGUCUCUACAAGCUCCAGAGGGUGUCUACCUGUAUGCUGCCGUGGAUGAGCAGGACAGGGUGUAUGUAGCGAGUGUUGAUGUGGAUAAUAGUAGCGUCGUGAUCAGGCUAUAUGAUCUUGAUGGUCUGAACCUGAAGGAAAGAGUUGAGUUCAAUGCACUUGAUAUGACAUUGGAUAGUUAUUGGUGUUACUUGGUUUCCCUCUCCCCAGACAUGCUCGCCUUUGCUUGUGACAAUAAGUUAUAUUUCAUCAAGGUAUCACUGUAAUCUACGUUAUAUCACACCAUGUAGUACGGAAACUGACAUGCUUUCAUCCUGCUACAAUACAAAUCUACUUUAACACGUGUCGAUAUUCAGUAUUACAUGUAUAUUACUUACCAUGUGAUAUCUUCAUCCAAUGAUAGAAUCACUUAAUGUGAUAUGGAUAGUCUUAAUUACCAUGGUUUCGUAUAAAUUAGUGAACAGGUGGAGAUGUGAAUAUAUAAUUUAUAUUCAUUUUCCAAUAUAUGCGUGUAUAAAUACAAACUUUAUCUCAAUUAUUAUAUACUUAAUAUUGCAUAUAGGAAUGUAUUGUAUACGUUGUAAAGUAUAAUUACAAAUCGUCCAUUAUCGUUAUAUUAAUGUGUUGAGUCUUUCUAAGAAUUUCUAAGAAUUAGAGAAAAUUCCUAAAGAUAGCUUCCACUAUCUUUAAUUCUAGAUUAACUUAAACGUUCAAUUGCUAUUCGUGCCAGAUUUUCUCUGUUUACAUUCAAGUAUAUAUGUAACCACGAUCCCUUCAGAUCCCCCAAAUUGACACCAUUUAUUUGCUUUUUCAAGAACAUUCCAGCAAUCUCUAUCCCCAUUUUCCCCAUUUUGCUCGUUACGAUAACACAUCGGUGUAAAAAAUCCAAAUCACCUUUUUUUCGAAAUUACAUAUUGUAAUUAAGUGAAAAUAGAAGAUUGUAAACAUUGAUCUGGCAAAAAAGAAAAAUCCAAACAACUAGCCAUUAUGUAUUUUUAUUAGUACAAGUUCGAAAAAAGUUCGGUUUCUUUUUGAUUGCAAGUUUAAGAUCAUGAAAGCAGCCUUAAAAAAAAGAAACGUGCAAAAAAAGCAACCCAAACUUUUACGCAAUAAUUCGAAAGACCUGGUUAUCACCUUUAACG